GGCCUAAGCCCCGCCCCCAGGUCAUUGAUUUGAAGAACACUGAUCAGAAGUCAGUGUGCGACGUCCGAUUUACCGAUAAUCCAAAAGGAGAGGCGAUCUGCGAAAACCGAUUCAAAGUCAGUUUAGUCCUGAAAGGUUAUGGGCUUGUUGUCACGGGAUGUGCUUCCUCUGUUGCUCUAAAAGAGGCCAAAAAAGUAAACAGAAAUCGAGGUGGGAGCGAAGAUGAGCAGCGGCUGCAUCUAACCACACCGAAGUUCACGUUGGUCUUAUUGGAAAAAAAUAAUUUGAAAUAAACUUAGGGAACGUUUUAAUCAACGAAAGGAAAGGGAUGAUGGAGAUGCUGUGUUUCCGAUUACCGGGCCACGGGGACAUAACCCUGAAGCACAUGAACUCACUGAGGUUCCGUCAGCACUUCUGUGACAUCACCAUUGUGGCCAGUGACAACCAGACUUUCAGGGGACAUAAAGUUGUGUUGGCUGCCUGUUCACCCUACCUGAGGGACCAGUUCCUUCUCAACCCAUCCUCUAAACUUCAGGUGUCCAUGUUGUACAGCUCUACAGUGGUUUGUGACCUGCUUCAGUCCUGUUACACCGGUGUGCUUCAGUUCAACCCAGAGGAGAUUGUCAACUACUUGACUGCUGCUAGUUACUUGCAAAUGGAGCACAUAGUAGAGCGUUGCAGAGGAGCGCUGAAGAAGUAUGUGCAGCUGAAGCAACCCAGUCCACCAAAGAUGAUUGCGGAGGAGAACCAGGCUAGUCCAAUGAUUGUCAGUGGCAGCAUUUAUUCUGUUGCUUCAGCAUCCCCUCCUGCCAGCCGAACCUCCCCUGCGCCUCCACAGAGUCCUGCGGGACGAUCAGUGGAGGAAAACCAAGGCAAUGUGUCUGCCCAGGGUAGCAGUCAACACCAAAGUGACAGUCCUUCACUGGAUGAACCAUGUAUCGAGGUUAAUGCAUCUGAUGAGGAGGAAGGGGUCAGACAAGACGACUAUGAUAUCUUCAGAGUUUAUGUUUCUGGAGAACAAAUGAACAAAGACAAAGAGGAGAGAGAAGCUCCUUCAGACCAGCCUCAAGAUGUUUGUUACCCUGAAACAGAGGGGAUUAUGAUUGGUGAAGGGGGCGAAUACGACCUGAACCCAACAGAAGAUGGACUGAGUGCUGAAAACAUUUUCAGGCAGGGGAUUUCAGUGGAGGGUUUCCAUGCUUUCAGACGCAAGAUAACUAACUAUAAAAUAGGCCGUGGCAGAGGGAAGGGCAGGGGGAGGGGGCUCAAGAGGAGAAGGUGGGAGAAGGUGGAGAAAAGAUCUCCAGGGAUAGGAAAUCAUCAGGAUUUGUGGUACAUAGCAAAUUCGGGGAUGGGAGGGGCCUUUGGGCUGGACUUCAGUCAAGAGGGACUUAAAACAGGAAAUUAUGUUUCAGUUGAAGUCCCACAGUUGGACUUCAAUGUUGGUGACGCUCAGGGAGAAAAAGUCUCACCGCUGGUGACAAACAGCAUGGCCCAGUUUGGACUGGAGGAGUCCACUGCGGGCGAGGGAAGUUCUGGGCUGACAACAGUUCCAUCCAGUGAGGGCGGGGAUGAAUCGGUUGCCGUGGUGGAGUCUACGUCGAGUGUUGUCGGGCCUGUAAUCUGUGAGCACUGUGGCAUGACUUUCCCAUCACCCCAGUCUCUAGCCAUCCACUGCCGCACCACACACCUCCUGUUUGUUUGCCCCUGCUGUGGUAAACACUUCCACCAUUCUGCCAACCUCAGCCGGCACAUGGCUGUGCACCGGGGGACGAGCAAAUCCCACCAGUGCCCUCUAUGCUAUAAGACUUUCACACAGAAGUCUACUCUAAUAGACCACAUGAACCUCCACAGUGGCGAACGGCCACACCGCUGCGCAUACUGCCACGCACGUUUCGCUCAUAAGCCAGCUUUACGACGCCACCUGAAGGAACAGCACGGGAAAACGACAGGGCAGAAUUCACUACACGAGCAGGAGGAGAGGGAGAGAGCACAGGGCGGAGAGGUUGCAGAGAGAAUACGACAAGAACAGGAGUGCUUUGUCACUGAACAUCAGCAACAUCAGCCUGAGCAUUAAAAAUAUCAGUUCAGCACGAGCAGAAAAGGCCUGUUCAAUGCAGGUGAAUGUGUGUAAGAGCUGUCCGAUGGAAGCAUUUCUCCCUGGAUUCUGAUGCUGCAUUUUGAAGACUAACUAUCUACGAUUAUGUAAGACUGGUGCAGAAAACGGUUGUCUUAAUGUCAAAAGCCUUUCACAAUAAGUACCUUUUCUGGAUUUGCACCAAAUAUGCUAAAGCUGCACCACCCUUCUAAUGGUAAUCAGCUUGGGUAGUUCAACUUCGAUAUAUAACCUUAAACUAGAAAACUGUGGUUCAGUGUGUGUUCAAUGAGAUGACUGGCAUUAAAUUGAUGUACCGAGUGUAAGUGUCCUCUAUGUUACAUAUACAAAAUCAAAUGUAUAAUAUCUUGAUGUGGACGGAUGUAAUUCACUACAUCACGGAGCACGUGUUUUUUUAAUGAAAAGUUGAAUAAAACAGUGUGAAGAUCCA